UUUGGAACUUUCUUCUUUUCUUUGCAAAGAAAUAGUUGUAAAAAAAAUAAUGGAGUCAUCAAAUGAAGUUCCAAAAAGAAAACGCGGAAGACCUCUGAGUAAAACUGGUGUUAUAUCUGUGCAAUCAAAAGAUCCUGCUCCAUCUAGUCCUUCUACUCCUGAAAAAGGUCAAACUAGUCAAAUUGCAAAACGAAGAGGAAGACCCCCAAAAAAUUGCGCCUCAACCCCAGAAUCAACUUCAUUUAAGGGCGCAAGUAGUACAAAUAAUGAUACCAAAAGGAGAAUUCGUCCAUCAGUCGUUCCUGUAGGAAGAGAAACAAUUGUUUCUAAAAAAGGAGAAACCCCUUCAAGGAAUCGUCUUGAAAAUUUUACUCCUGUUAAAGUAGAUUAUGAAAUUCAAAAACGUGGUUGUAAGCCUAGGUCUGUUUCUGUCCCACCUCCUAAUUCAAAGGUUAACCAAAAGGGCAAUGUAAAAGUUGAACGUGAUCUUAAAAGAUCUUUAUCACGUGAAAGGGUGCCUAGUAAGCUACGCAAAAUAAAAAUACCACCAAAAAGUAGUGAAUUUUUAGAAGAUUCUGAUGAUUCACAUGAAUCCUCCUUAAUAAAAAUUGAUAGUGAUCAGAAAAUUUUUCUUUCGAGAUAUCAGCCUGUAUCGCGUGGUCGUAACAGAGGAUCUCCAAAGAAUAAAGUUGAUAACAAUAACCAAUUUGAUGUAGCAAAUGACUCUACUAAAUUUAAUCGUUUAAGAAAACCUUUACAAUCUGAUAUCGAAGCAUUUAAAGUUAAAAAGGAGCGAGAGAUGCAGAAUGAUUUCUCAAACAAAAAUUUUUGUGGUCCUCAGAGAGUUCGACCUUCUCUAGAAAGUAAUAACAAAGACAAAUUUGAUGAUGUAAAAGGUUCCACAACACUUCGAAAAUUGAAUCGUUCUGUGUCACGUGGUCGCCAAAGGAGGUCAUCAUCAGAAAGUAGUAGUAAUGAAACUAAUCUUGCGCAAAACUUUAAAAAGAAAUCAGGAAAAUCUCAAGUAAGAAAUCUCUCAGUACCACAUGAUCUCAAAAGAAAAAGAUCUUCACUAAAAGAUAAUGAAGAAAUUAACCAUUCUGAUCGAAACCGUUCUAUGUCUCGUGGCCGACCUUUAUCAAAAAGUAAAGCCGAGGAUGGAAAAAACAAAAAUUCGGAUACACAAGAUUUUACAACUAAAAAAAAAACCGAAAAAACCCCCUUGCG